ACAGCUUUAUCUCCGCGGGUUCGAGGAGCAGGUCGUGGGGUUAUAAAUAGAGCCUCCAGCCCGGCGGGGGAGAGAAAAUGAGCAUCGGUGUGCGGCGACCGCUCCAUGAUCUCUGUGAGAAGGAUGCUGCAGCAAGCUCUCAGAGUGUCCGGCCGGAGCGCCUUCCCACUCCUAAAGUGGGUAGAAAGGUGGGCUGAGGGCGCAGCCGCCCGUCCGGACGGGACGACGGUGAGGACUCUGGAUGACAUGCCCGGCCCGUCGGUGCUUGGCUUCGCCUGGGACUUAUUCGCCCGCCGGGGACUGUCCAAGCUGCACCAGUUACAGCUGGAGGGAGUGCAACGUUACGGCCCCAUGUGGAAGGCGAGCUUCGGCCCCAUCACGACAGUCCAUGUGGCUCAUCCGGCGCUCAUCGAGCAGGUGCUGAGGCAAGAGGGCCAGCGCCCCAUGCGCUCUGACCUUUCCUCCUGGAAGGACUACAGGAAGCUCAGAGGUCAGCACUACGGACUGCUGACAUCUGAAGGCGAGGAGUGGCAGGAGGUGCGAAGCCUCCUCGCAAAGCACAUGCUGCGGCCCAAGGCGGUUGAAGCUUAUGACCAAACCCUGAACGGCGUGGUCAGUGACCUCAUCGCCAAACUUCGCCUGCGCAGACACCCCGAAGGCCUCGUGACCGACAUUGCCAGGGAGUUCUAUUACUUCGGGCUCGAGGGAAUCUCCUCCGUGUUGUUCGAGUCCAGAAUCGGUUGCCUUGAGCCAGUGGUUCCCAAAGAAACGGAGCUCUUCAUCGAGUCCAUCAACACCAUGUUUGUACAGACGCUUCUUACCAUGGUCAUGCCAAAAUGGCUACAUUCGCUCUUUCCCCGACCCUGGAACACUUUCUGUCAGUGCUGGGACUUAAUGUUUGAAUUUGCUAAAGGCCACAUUGACCAGCGCUUGAGGGAAUCAGAGAAAAAAUGUGAAAAAGUGGAGGGCCAUUAUCUUGCCUACUUCCUGGCCCAGACUGAUUUGCCCAUGAAGACUGUUUACAGCAAUGUCACAGAGCUGCUGCUUGCAGGCGUCGACACCAUAUCCGGCACGAUGUCUUGGUCGCUGUACGAGCUAUCCCGUCACCCCGAGGUGCAAGCCUCAUUACGCGAUGAAGUUCUGACCGUCCUGGAAGGCAGGAAAGUGCCUCGGGCAGCAGAUGUAGCACGCAUGCCACUCAUGAAGGCCGUCGUCAAAGAAGUGCUCAGGUUGUAUCCGGUCAUCCCUGCUAAUGCUCGAGUUAUCACUGAGAGGGACAUCCAGGUUGGAGGCUACCUCAUUCCUAAGAAAACGCUGAUUACGCUGUGCCACUUUGCAACAUCACGUGAUCCGGCCGUGUUUCCCAAUCCAAAUGAGUUCCUGCCGCACAGAUGGUUGACAAAGGACCAGACUCAUCACCCGUAUUCCUCGUUGCCUUUCGGGGUGGGAAAACGUAGCUGCAUAGGCCGACGCAUUGCUGAACUGGAGCUCUACCUUGCUCUCGCCAGGAUCCUGAUCGAGUUCGACGUGCGGCCAGACCCGAAAGGUGUUUCUGUGAAGCCCAUGACACGGACGUUGCUCGUUCCUGAAAAUGUCAUUAACCUGCAGUUUGUUGAACGAUGACUCACUCUUCUGAGCGAGCCGAGUUACGUGAACGUGACCACGGCUCUCAAGACCACAAAGCACGCGGGCCGGCAGGGACCUGUUCAGAAUCAUGUUAAAAAGGCCCACAGGAGGCCUCUGGAGCAGAGUGCAGCGGCCGAGGCGCUCCACAGAAGUUCAACUCGCGGUUGUGAUAACGCAUAUUUGCACAAAGUCUGAGAGCUCACAUGAAUGUAGUUUCACAGAUGAUCCUCAGACCACGUUUCAUUUUUUUUUUUAUAUGACAACAUAUCUGGAGCUGAUUUUUGUAUCACAUCACAAAUGCCAAAUUCAAGCACAAUGUGUACAAUUAAGCUGGUCAAUUUUCAAGUUCUAAAUUCGAAACAGUUUUCCAUAGGCAAUCAGGUCAAUUAAUCAUAAAAGCUUUAUCAAUUGUACGGGCAGUUUUUUUUUUAAAGUAAGAUUUUCAUAUUCUUAGCUCACAUGCACAAAUGUAGAAAAAUAAAUUGGCUUCUGAAAAAUACAACUCAAAUGGAACACAAGUUCAUCUAGUGGUGUUUUGUAUUUUUUGAAUUAGUGGUAAUGCGU